AUGCCUGCCGCCCCACCUCCCAGCCCGACUCCAGCAGGAAAGCCAAAAUGGAGCUGGCAACUACCUGGGGACUGGAAUUCGAAUCGGAAACUGAAGAAAGUUGAUCUAGAAGCUACUGAUAAACGAAAGCGUCCUGCUGGCCAAGCGUGGACCAUUCAAAGCAAGGAUGCCAGACCUGCCACCCCAGGCCCUAGGAGGCUGAGAAGGCCUAUGACUGCUGCUAAAAAACGAACCCAAGAUGAGAUUGAGAAAGAACAUGAAGAAAGACUUAAAAAGAAACAAGAAUCUUUGCACCAGAUUGCUGAGGAAAUUAGGGCAAAAAAUAAAAAAGCAUCUUUGGCAUUCAAGGACAAAGCUGCCCAGCAACAAACGGACAAAAUCAAGAGUGCUAUGGUCACUGUUAAUCAAAAGCAAGUACGCUUUGAAGAGCGCCAGCGUCAGCUCCUGGAUGAAAAACGUCGCAAGCGUGCUAAAGAAGAAGAGAAAAGACAAAAGGUCUUUGAUAGAAAAGCAAAGUUGAUUAGGCGGCCAGCUGAAGAUGCAGCAAAAGUUGCUGAAAGCUCAUCAGAGGAACUCCUUGGGGCUGUUGGAGGUCAAUCACCAACCCCACCCCCAACCCCCAGGAGGGUGCUGCCUGCCAGACUCCCCAAAUUAGAGCACACUCCAUCACUGCCUCUCAAGCAUGUUGGCACCAGUGAAAAUGGUGUCCUGGAGACUCCUUGGGGUUCUGCCUCCUUGCCCAGCGAGGCUGCUAUUGAGGAUCAUGGCAUUCUGGAACAGCCAAGAGCUGCAGCUGGCAAAACAGCAGCCAGCAAGAAGAACAAUAAAAGCAAGAGCAAGAAAGGCGAGAAAGCUUUGCCAAAGAAGAAGACCUGCAGCAACCUUGAUUGCCCACACCACUAUCCCAAGGCAAACAACACCAGUGUGACUAGUAUGCCUGAAGUGGACACCACUGGCAUCAGACAGAGAACACCUGUCACUGUGGCCAGUAUGCCUGAAGUUGACAUCACUGGCAUCAGCAAGAGACCACCUGUCACUGUGACCAGUAUGCCUGAAGUGGACACCACUGGCAUCAGGCAGAGACCACCUGUCACUGUGACCAGUAUGCCUGAAGUGGACACCACUGGCAUUACCCAGAAACCACCUGUCACUGCUCAGACCAGCACUGAAAUAGCCCCAGCUGUCAAAGCUUACUUGAUCAAGGUGCGUAAGAGUGAGGUCCGUGUGGACAAUGUUGGUCCCAAGAUCAUCCAAGUCCAGGAGAGUGAAGUGAAAGUGGAUACAACCAUAGAUAAAGCUGAAGAAGAGUUUGAUACUUAUUCCAUCUCUCGUGCCUCCACCACUGGGAGCACUGGCAGUGCUGUCUGGGAGGUUGAGCCUUCUGAGAACCGCCGUGCUGAAAACAUGACUCCAACAGAGGAAGAAUUCUAUGGAUAA